AUGGACAAAAGCCCGUGUAUUAAAAAGAAAUCGAAGGUUUGCCCUGAAACCCUCGUUCUUUCUGGCACACAACACUUGCCGUUCACUUCUUCUGCAGAGAGUUAGAGGCCAUGGCUGCUACAGUUGCUGACAUGGCAGGCCAAUGGGAGUUCAGCUGUGACUUGGAAGUGGACUAUGAGUCUGAGGAGAAUGCUUCCAUGGUCUAUGCAGCAUUAGCUGUUGAUAAGGAGUUGCAGCCAGACAAAGUGAAAAGGCAGAUGUCAGUGUCGAACGGAAAGCUUACAGUACACUUUGAGGCUGUUGAGGCUAGAUUUCUUCGUGCGUCAUUUAGUUCUUUUGUAGACAUCCUUACGCUUGCCACAAAAACGAUUGAAGAAUUUGGACAAGGAAUGGAAUUGUGACAUCCAUUUAUUAUUGACCAACUAGCACUGAUGAUUUUCCUGUAAAAUUGAUCAAUAUUUGGUGUUUGUGAUGUCUUCUUAAACCAUGGGCUGUAGCUCGACUCUUUGGUUAUGAUAUAUGAAAAUGCCCAUUUGAUGUAA